AUGGGAAAUCCUUUGCCACCAACGAAAUGGGGGUGGAGAUCACAGGAUGAUACACUCACACCAGUGGAAACUGACCUCGCUGUUGCUCCAGACACUUUGCUCAACAUGGUAUCCUGCGGAUGCAAAGACGAUGGUUGUGGGAGCAUGUCAUGUGGGUGUAAGAAACUUGAAGUUCAUUUCGAGCAGAAAAGGACACGUCAGACUUACACCCGAUACCAGACGCUGGAGCUAGAAAAAGAAUUCCAUUUUAACCGAUAUCUAACGAGAAGACGUCGCAUAGAGAUCGCUCACAUGUUGGGACUCACGGAAAGACAGAUCAAAAUCUGGUUUCAGAACAGGAGGAUGAAAUGGAAGAAAGAAAACAACUUGCAGAAACUUACAGGCCCCGAUAAGACAUUGAAAGAAGAACAGUUAUCUCCCAAGAGCAUCCAGAACUCUGGAUCCAUUGGUUUGGACUGUCCGUCUCCGAACGAUUCAGGGUAG